AUGAGCUCACUUGGCGCUAAGCCACAUUGGGAUACAUCGAAAAGUGCAAGGGAACCGCCUCGCGCUUCCCAGCUCUUCAGCAUCCACCCUUUCCCUCACCUCACCUCAACCCUCUCCAAUCAAAUCAUGCUGUGUGCAAUCUCUGGAGAGGCUCCGCAAGUGCCUGUCCUCUCUCCCAAGAGCGGCAGUGUAUUUGAGAAGCGCUUGAUUGAAGCAUAUGUUGCCGAGAAUGGAAAGGACCCUGUCAAUGGCGAAGAGCUCGCCACUGAAGAGCUAGUCGAUAUCAAGUCGCAGCGCGUCGUUCGCCCCCGGCCUCCGACCCUCACAUCUAUUCCUUCGCUUCUCAGUGUGUUUCAGGAAGAAUGGGAUGCGCUAGCUCUAGAGACAUAUACUAUUCAGCAAAACCUUGCGCAGACCCGCCGUGAGCUUAGUACCGCGUUAUACCAACAUGAUGCUGCUGUGCGCGUGAUUGCGCGCCUGACGCAGGAGAGGGACGAGGCCCGCGAUGCCUUGUCAAAGGUUAGCGUCGGAGCCACUCGGGGCGCUUCAGGUGGUGAUGCCAUGCAGGUCGACUCUGCAGGUCUUCCCCAGGCGGUGUUGGAGCGAGUUGAGAGCACACAAGCUUCUCUAUCGAAGACCCGACGCAAGCGUGUUGUUCCCGAGAGCUGGGCUACCAGCGAUGCUAUCUCCGCAUACAAACCCGUUGAAUCCUCCGAACCUCUGUGCCCAGGUGGUCGUGCCUUAUCCAUCGAUUCCACAGGUGAUCUUGCAUUGGUCGGUGGUGCUGAUGGUGCGGUCAGUGUUUAUUCGAUUUCUCAAAAAGCUGUGGUCCAGACUCUGAAGACAGAUGGCACUGUGACCGAUGCGACAUGGGCUGGUAACAAGGCUGUUGUCGGAUCAGCCACUGGAUCAGUGAAGGUUUUUGAAAAUGGCAAUGAGACUGCUAGCUUUGGCUCUCAUGCUGGCGAGGUCACAGCUGUCGCUGUUCAUGCCACAGGCGAUAUUGUCGCUUCAGUAGGUGUUGAUAAGAGUUACGUGCUUUAUGAUCUGUCCACGAACAAUGUGAUCAAUCAAAUCUUCACAGACUCUGCUCUACUGUCCGUUCGUUUCCAUCCUGAUGGUCAUCUACUGGCUGCUGGCGGUGCCGAUGGACAGAUUAAGAUUUUUGACAUUAAGAGUGGCGCCGCCGCUGCAGACUUUGCGAUGUCUGCCCCUGUGAAGAGCCUGUUCUUCUCUGAGAAUGGUACCUUCCUGGCUGCCGCAACUGCCCAGUCGACCACUGUCUCGAUUUGGGACCUGCGUAGUUCCAAGGAAACUAAGGUGCUGGACACCGGCAGCUUGGUCCAGUCAAUCUUCUGGGACUACACUGGCCAGUUCCUUCUGACUGGUGGCCCAAGUGGUUUAACUGUUCAACAAUUCACUAAGUCCUCAAAAGAGUGGUCAGAGCCUCUGCGGAGUGCUGUGCCAGCUGUGGCCGUUGCUUGGGGAUCUUCAGCUCAGAGCAUUGUGGCCUUGAAUGAGGGAGGUGCAGUAACUGUGCUGCAGUCAUGA